UCACAAACUGUCCAACUGCUUAUAAUCAUAGAAACAUACAUUUAUAUAUAAACAAAUGUCAAGAGCUGCACAGAGAAUUGAUUUCACUUUUGCUUUCUUUAGGUAACGUGUUGUAAUUCUUGCAAAACUGAAAUCAGAGUUUAAACUACUGUGAAACACUAUGUUUUUUAUUAAAGCUGGAAUGUGUAACAGAAGAUCUGUAUAGCUGGCUGGCGAGGUGAGAGAGGGAUUUUCUGCCUUUGACUCUUUCUCACAGUGCGAGGAAUGAUGCCUGGAGGAGCAUGUGCACCAAGCGAGCGCUUGUGUGGAGUUUGCUGGUCCUCUCUGUCUUUCAUAUGGGACUCGGGGUGUCCUGCAUCUCUCUGGGUGUGCUGGGGAUCACACAACCCCGCAGGCUACAGAAAAGCCAAACCUCCUUCUCCACACCCAUAUGGAGCGGCGUGUGUUUUCUUGUCUGUGGACUAUCUGGGAUACUGUGUGCGAAGAAACAAACUGGAGUGACUAUGAUCCUGUUUUCAGCUUGUUGCAUCUGUGGACUUAUCGGGGGGAUUCUCAAUGUCCAGUUUGUGCGUGCAGUGGUGAAACGGACGAGCAGCCUGUACUAUCUGCACCUGGCCUUCCUCUGCCUGGCCAGCCUGGGCAUCCUGGGCUGCACCCUCUCCACCUGGCUCACCUGCAGACUCGCCAGCUGUGAACAGAAAAGACUGUUUCUGGAAAGGGAUCUGUCGCUGCAUCAUUCUAUGGAGAUGGGCGAGAAGGUGAAGGCGACGUGUGGAUGAACUAUCCGUGAGAUCUAUGUUACUGUUAUUAAAAAUGUAAAAGCGUAUAUUUGGUUGGAUUGCUUCGUUUGAGUUACGUCGUGAUAAUUUGUCUCUUGUGGGAUAGCAGGGAUGUCAAAGUUGUUAAUGUUUAAAGAUCUAUAAAACAAAUAAAUCCUGGAAUAUGGCCAUUCAAAAGGAUUUGUUUUGUGCGAUAAUGUAUAUCUUUGUUUGUACUUUUUUCCUGGUUUGCUGAUCAAUUACAACAUUUCAGCUGUCAGAGACAGAGCUGUGAUGGCGUCA